UCUAAUUACUGAAAUGGCCCUGUCGUCUAGGUCUAGUUCAUCUCUAACCGCCGCACAUCUCCCGGGUCAUUUGGGUAAAUUGGUAGCAAGUUGCGGUUCGGUUGCAAACCGCAGAAGAUAAGCGCUGCAUAGACCUAGCAUUCAACAGAUAAGAUCCUGUUUUUUCCUCGAUUCUUCUCAAGCCACAGCUCUCACCCCUCGCCGGAAUCUUGUGCCUUAGACGCCGGAAAACCUGACCCUUGCCGGAAAAUGGGUUUUCUUGGAAACCAAUAGAAAAGGUCGGGGAAAAUGGGUGAAGAAGAAAGCAGUUUAAUUCAUCAGUCGUCCACUGAAAAGCCAAGGCUAAAGCAAGCAAUUGUGUUAAUCUCUGCCUUGAUUUCCCUCUCGCAUUCAAUCAAAGUCUUUACCGGAAAGUGGCAGUCCGUUAGGAACAAGCUCGAAGAGCUGUUUUCCAACCUCACCGCCAUUGAGAAUUGCGAAUCCAGUGAGAAUUUAUCUCUUUCUAUUGCGGUGGAGUCAAUUUUGGCCACGCUCAAGAACUGCGAUGAGCUUGCGAAGCAGUGUUUGGAGUUUUCAUAUAGUGGGAAGCUUCUCAUGCAGAGCGAUCUUGAUAUGCUAUCUUCAAAAUUCGAUGCGCAUAUUAAGAGCCUUUCGGAUAUUUAUGCUGCGGGAUUGCUCACACAGAGCAAUGCCAUAGUGGUUUCGAGGCCUAGUGUCUCGGCUUCCAAGGAUGAUAUAAGGUUCUAUAUCAAUGAUUUGCGGUCGAGGCUGAAAAUUGGCAGCAGCGACAUGAAGAAACAGGCCCUUGAAGCUUUUAAUGAAGUCAUUCAACUAGACGAGCGAUACGUGAAGAUUGCUGUGGAGAUUGAUGGUUUUAUCUAUUUGCUUGUGAAUUUUCUUGAUUUUCAAGAGAGUGACAUUCAUGAAGAGGCUGCCAAAGCUGUGUCUUUGAUUGCGGGGUUUCAGUCUUACAAAAGUGUGUUGAUAGGUGCGGGGAUAAUUGCCCCUUUGAUUAGAGUAUUGGAGUCGGGGACUGAUUUGAGUAAAGAAUUUGCAGCCAGGUGUUUGGUGAAAGUCACUGAGAAUUCAGACAAUGCAUGGUCGGUUUCUGCUCAUGGUGGAGUCCCUGCUCUUUUGAAGAUUUGUUGUAAUAGUAGCCAUUGUGGAAGUGAGUUGAUUGCUUUGGCUUGUGGGGUGUUGAAAAAUCUUGUUGGAGUUGAAGAAAUCAAGAGGUUUGUGGUCGAGGAAGGGGCAAUUUCUGAAUUUGUUGAGCUUGCCAGGUCCAAAGAUGAAGUGAUACAGAUUUGUUCGCUUGAUUUAUUGCAGACUAUGGCUUAUAGAGAUGAAUCAAUUAGGAAAAUGAUUAUUGAAGAAGGUGGAAUUAGCGCUCUGGUGCGAAUUUUGGAUCCCAAAUCAUCAGUCUCAACAAAGGCAAGAGAGGUUGCAUUAAGAGGAAUUGCAAACAUAUGCUUCUCAUCUGAGAAUUCAAUAAGCAUACUGUUAAAUUGUGCAUUUAUGGAUCAUAUACUCUACUUCCUUCGUUAUGGCGAAGUCUCCGUCCAGGAAUUGGCCUUAAAGGCAGCAUUUUGGUUAUGCGGAACGUCUGAGGAAGCCAAGAAGGUAAUGGGGGAUGCAGGAUUCAUGCCGGUCCUCGUUAAAUUUCUCGACUCAAAAUCUUUUGAAAUACGCGAAAUGGCAGCCGAAACGCUUUCCAGCAUGUUAAUUGUACCCAAGAACCGAAAGAAGUUCGUGCAGAGCGAUCAGAACGUCCAGGUGCUGCUGCAAAUGCUUGAUCCUGGAGAGGUGAACUCUGGUAACAAAAAGCUCUUGCUUUCUAUAUUGAUGUCGUUGACAAGCAGCAACAGUGCAAGAAAGAAGAUUCUGAGUUCAGGCUACUUAAAAAGCAUCGAAAAGCUUGCGGAGGCUGAAGUUUCAGAUGCCAAAAAGAUUGUCAGAAAGUUAUCUUCUAAUAGAUUCGGCAGCAUGUUGAGUGGGUUGUUCUGGAAAUCUUGAAUGUUAAAUCCCCACUUGUUUUUUCUGUUCCUUGAAGAAUUUUUGUUGUGUAAAUCUACAUUAUUAGUUGUUCCUCUUGGAUAAUUAGAUUUCUUGAUUGUCAGUACUGAUCAGAAUGCAAAAAGGGCUAUAAAUUUAUACAUCCUUUUCUU